AUGACUCCCCGUCGCUCCUCCCGAGCUCGCACCACCCAACCCUCCCCUGCCCUCCUCCAGCACACUAAUUCCAAUAGCUCUGGGAAUUCACUUACUCGCGGAGAGCGUAACACCCGCUCAAACCACAAGAUUUCAUCCCCUCAAAGGUCGUCGACGCAACGUUCGCAGUCUAUGGACGAAUCGGACGGAAAACCCGACCUGCCCCAAACGCGCCAGCGCAAUCGUGCCCAGGACGACGACAAUGACGAGCUUUCCCAAGCAAACGAGGACGAAGAAGACGAAAAUGACGAGGAAGAAGUAACUAGGUGUCUAUGCGGGCAGCAAGAGUAUCCAGGCCUACCGCCAUCCCGUCGUGGCGCCACCGGUCGGCAUCGUCACCAAGCGGCCGGCAAGGACAAUGCUACAAUACCAAAGGAUGAGCCCGAUCCCUUGAGCGAUGACCUUGGGAGCAUGUUCAUCCAAUGCGAUUCAUGCAAGGUAUGGCAGCACGGUGGCUGUGUUGGCAUCAUGGACGAAGCUAUGAGUCCCGACGAAUACUACUGCGAAAAGUGUCGUAAGGAUCUCCACAGGAUCACCAGCGAAUCGAAUGGGCAACAUUCCUCUCAAUACUUGCCAGUUGCGCCGGUGUUUAGUCCUGGGUCUUCUUCGCGGGAGUCAUCUAGGGACAAUGCUCAGCGCUCGCGCGACUCGCGGUCUCGGCAGCUCGAGAUUCCUAAGCGUCGCUCUACGAUGAAUAGCCGCGACGCUGCUUAUGACGAAGAGGAGCUACUUAGACGAGCUAUAGAAGAGAGCAAAGAAGAAAGCCGGAUGAGCAACGAUGAGACAAGUUCACGGAGGACAAAGAGAAGCCGAAGUGAUGAGGAAGUUAACAAACCAGCCGUCAAGCGUCCACGAACAAGUUCUCCGUCUCCGUCCGCUAUAUCCAAGCAUAGUAACUCGAUUUCGCAACCGGUAUCAGAAGAUGAGGCAAGAUCUAAGACAAAUGGAGCUAUGAGACCCAAAAGAGGCGUUUCUGGACGCAACCAGCGAGAGAAGGAGACGAAAGAGCCAGAAGAACAAUCAGAGGAGGAAGAGGAAGCAGAACGACCAGAGCCUAUUACACGGAGAAAAUCGCGAUCAGAGAAGAAGCGAGGCGAUGACUCCGAUCAUGAAGCUGAAACAUCACCCACAAAACCUUCUGCUCCACCUCCAGUUCCAGCGCCAGCUCCAAGCGAACCCGAGGCUUCAGAACCCACUCCAGGAACCCCGGUCCCAGCUACAGAGCCAGCAUCACUACCGCCUCCUCCUCAACGUCAGUCGAUACGAAAGUCCGGUCGCCCUCCUGCUCGCCGGGGAGGUCGAUUAGGGCGCAACCAAUAUACACGGGAUCGAGACAUGAAUGGUGAUGGCAUUAACUCGCCGAACUCGCCCCAUGGGAGUCAUUUCCGUGAUAACGGGCGAGGCUCGCCUAGUAUCGGUGGGCCCAAUGGAGCUCAGGCCAAUGGAGCAGAAUCUAGCAAAGGCGGAAAAACUCGUCACUUGAAUCCUCACCGCACAUCGAUGCACGAGAUGAAGCGGCGGGUCGCAGCUAUAUUAGACUUCAUUUCGCGCAUGCAAGUCGAGAUGGCAGCCAGUGGGGAGACAAUAACACCACCAGACAGCAAUAACAACAAUGCCAAUGUCAAUGGCAAUAACGGCUCAUCCCGCGCAGCGUUAGUCAGAGGCGUUCAAGAACAACUGGGAUCAUUACUCACAGCAGCAGCCACAAACAGCGAAGGUGCAUCCAGAGCAAGCUCGACGGCGUCUGCGGCAGAUCUUGAUGUGACGAAGGAGAGAGAAAGGGAUUUCAGGGAGCUAAGUAGUGUUGAGAUGAUGGACGUUCUUACUCGACACCUACUGAAAUGGCAACAAGAGUAUGGGAAAUACGGCGAGAAAUAA